ACCCAAGAAGAAGAGAAGGGUUUUCGCGGCAAUCUGAAUUUGGCAGAGGUGUCAAUGAGCCGUCAGUCUCCGAAUGUUGUUCAUUGUCACAUAUCGACAAAAUAACAGGGUUCAAGAUCACUGUAUGUAGUCUGUACCGCUAUCCGAUUACCGCUUUUACUGUAUAAACUCGAUUUAGGAUCAGUGGUUGAUUACAAAGUGUUUGUGGCGGUAAAAGCAGGCUUAGCUAACAUUAGCUUUGUUGACAUAACUUCGCUUCUAGUUUAUCCUCGUUGGGAUAACUACAUUUAGGUAUCGUUUGCGCACGAAGAUUUUUGUGGAUUGAUAGCGAGUUAAUGCACAUGUUAUGGCAGCGGUAACUGCAGAUCAGAUCAAAGUGGAGUUGGAAUUAUUCGACAUUGGCUUUGAAGAUGACUCAGUCCUGGACAAAAUGCUGGAGCAGUGUUUAUGCCACAGGUUGAAGGGGGACGAGAUGGUGCUGGAGUGGGUCGCCUUCAGUACCACCAAGGGAGUCGUGAAGCUGAGCUUAGACAACCUGGAGCUGUUUGAGCACGAGGUUUUGAACAAGAAGACCAAAGCCAAGCAGGUGUCGAAGAGAGAUGAGUCUUACAACAGGACUCGCGACAUCAACUCCAUUCAGGACUUAAUCAAAGCCGAGGAAGAGGAGGAGGAUCUCCUGGAUGCCUACUCCUACUCAACCCCUGCCAAGGGUUCCCAGAAGAGAGCGCUUUCCACUCCAGAGCAUCCCCAGUCUAAGAGAUGUGCUCGCAUGACCAGUCCAGGGCUCAUGCUCUCUCCCGCUAGUUUCUCCCCAUGUGCCACCCCCUCUCAGAAGUACAGUGCGCGCGUCUCCCGUGGCGAGGUGGUGUCCUCGUUCGGGGAGGCGCAGGAGCAGAGCUGGGGCAGCAGCAGCCGCAAAGGUCAGGGGUCACCGAGCGUCAGGACGCUCCUCAGCGGAGAGGACGCGCUGACCUCCAGCUACAAGUACAUGUUCCAGCGCCUCAGAGACGUCCGUGAUGUACUGACGGAGAAGAUUGAAGGUUUGGGGGAAGAGCUGAGGCUUCAUUUCAACAUCGAGGAGUUCUCUCCUGUGUCUUUGCCUGCACAGGACCAGGUGACCGUGUUGGGCCAGGUGUGCUGUGACAGCAAUGGGAAGCUGAAUGCCCAGUCGGUGCUGCUGGAGGCAGGCCAGGAGCAUGGAGGGAGGCAGGUGCGCGUGGACCUGGCGGACCUACCCGAGUACUCACUCUUCCCCGGACAGGUUGUCAUCAUGGAUGGUAUGAACACAGCCGGCCACAAGUUCGUGCCAACAAAACUGUACGAGGGUGUUCCUCUGCCUUUCUACUCUCCAGAGGUGAAGGAAGAACCUCAGAAUGAGUCUAGGCCAGUGAUGGUCUUGACCGCCUGCGGCCCCUACACGCCUUCAGACAGCCUGGCCUACGACCCUCUACUCGAUCUGAUCAGCGCCAUAAACAAAGACCACCCUGACGUCUGCAUCCUGAUGGGUCCUUUUGUUGAUUCCAAACAUGAACAGAUUGAGAAAUUUCAAAUCACUGACUCCUUCGAAACUAUCUUUACCAAAUGUGUGAAUAGUCUCAUUGAAGGAACCAGAAGCAUUGGAUGUAAGCUGGUGUUUGUUCCAAGCCAGCGAGAUGUCCAUCACCACUUCAUUUACCCACAACCUCCCUUCACCUUGCCUGACCUCAGCAAGGAGGACGCAGAGAGAGUGACUCUGGUGCCAGACCCCUGCACUCUGGUCAUCGAGGAGGUGACCUUUGGUCUGACUUCUACGGACAUUCUCUUCUACAUGGGAGCAGAGGAGAUCAGCUGUGCUGCAGGUUCUGACAGAUUUUCCAGAAUCAUGAAACAUAUGUUGACGCAGAGGAGCUACUACCCCCUGUACCCCCCUACGGAGGAGAUCAACAUGGACUAUGAGAAGUUCCAGAUGCACGGCUUCAUGCCCGUCACCCCCGACGUGCUCAUCGUCCCCUCAGAGCUGCGCUACUUCAUCAAGGAUGUGAUUGGCUGUGUGUGCAUCAACCCGGGCCGUCUCACCAAAGGACAAGUAGGGGGCACCUACGGCCGCCUGCUCAUCCAGCGCAGAGGGGCAGAUGCGGAGGGCAAAAGGCGAACUCCCUGCCUAGCCGGACAAGUCGUCAAGAUAUAGAUCUACUAUACAUAUUUCAAUAAAGACUGUAAAUGUAUUUGUCUUGCUAUGGUGUUAUACUUGACAUACUUGUCAAUCACAUAUUAGAAAAUAUCUAUUUUCAUAGAGUGUGUUAGGGUUUGUAAUUUUUUGUUAAAUUGCUUACUUCAUGGCCUGUAUUUGUAAAUAAAUGUCAAGUUGUUUCGGUAAUUUCAUGAUCUACUGAAAUGUCAGCUUCUCUUUAUGAAUUUGAAAAUAUGUCAAUAAAUAAUUUUGUAAAACUG